AUGGCGGACACUGCCUUGAAGCAUCGAGCUGAGUUUGCCUUUGCUCAGCUCGAGAACGAGAGAUCUAUGACAUCUCUUCGUGACGAGCUAAGGGUAGCUCGUGGGAUUGUUGAUCAGUCUCGGGAUGAGAUAGCUGCUCUUCAGACCCUUGUCGAUGCCCACCAUCGGGAGCACAAGGCUCUCUGCGAGAUGCUUGAGCGCAAGGGCGUUCUUCAUCAGAAGAAGCAGCGUACUGAUGGUACGGCUUAA